GCGGCUCCCCCCGCCCCCGGCUCCCCCCGCCCGGCGCACGGCGCGUCACGGCGGGGCCGGCGGCGGCGGCGGUGGCGGUGGGUGCGCUCGGCUCCGCUCCGUUCCGCUCCGCUCCGCGCCCGCCAUGGCGGCCCCGGCCCGCCGGCCCCGGGCCCUGCUCGCCCUCGGCCUGGCCCUUCUCGCCUCCGCCGCCGCCGCCGCCACCGACCCCUUCUCGCCGCAGCUGGGAGACACCGGCGGGUGCCGCGGGCAGUGCGGCCGCAGCCUGCAGCGCCGGGCCGCCGCCGUGAGUCCGCGACACCGGGACACCGGGGAUGGGGCGGCACCGGCGGCGGGGGGAGCGCCAGCAGCACAGCGGGAUGCUGUUCUCAACGCCUGUUACCGGGGCUGCCGGCUGUUCUCCAUCUGUCACUUCGUGGAUGCGAGCGCCGAGCUCAACACCACCAGAGCCGAGUGCGAAGCAGCCUGUGCCGAAGCCUACGGCAACGCAGAGGAGCAGUUUGGGUGCAUGACCGGGUGCCGCAAGCAGCUGCCAGAGGUGGAGGAGAGCAGGAAGGAGAAGAGCCCGGAGCUGAAAGCGCCGUCCUUUUCCAUUUUGGAUUUGGUCUCCACCUUCUGCAACGACAUCGUCAGCUCUGCCCAGAGCUUCAUCUCCUCCACCUGGACCUUCUACCUGCAGGCAGACGAUGGCAAAGUCGUGGUGUUUCAGUCCCAGCCUGAGAUGGAGUAUCCAGCACUGGAGGCACUGGAGAUCCAGCCAGCCCAGCCGGGAUCGGGACCCAGCCCUGGCCUCCCCCAGCCCCACGCAGACCCCCGGGCAAAGGGGGACAAGCCCCCCGUGAAGGAGCCUCGGGGCAAAGGCAAGGCGCACCCCCCGGAGCCCCCGCAGCAGGAGCACGAUUUCCUCGGCUGCAUGUCCAAGCGGGGGGUGGUGGGGUGCUACAGGCGCUCGGGCCUUCCUCGCUGGAUCCUGGCCGCCUGCCUCUUCCUCUCCAUCAUGGUGAUGCUGUGGCUCAGCUGUGCCAGCCUGGUGACCGCUCCCGAGCAGCACGUCAAGACCCAGCCUCUGAGCAUCAACGGGGACAAGGAGUACCUGGAGGAGCUGGAUGGCCCCGGCACCUUCCCCCUGCCGCCCGUCAUCACUGUCACCCUGUGCCCUGCGCACGGCGGGGAGGACGCGGGGCCGCUGCCCCUCAAAGUCGACCUGGACAAGACCAUCCUGUAG